AUAUGUCAAUUUUCCAUUAUUUUCACAUAGUCAAUACUCAAGACCAAAUCUUUGCACCUAAUUUCUUGAUUUUCUUCAUCUUUUAUCUUUCUUCCUUCUUCUUCGUUCUUUCGGGGGUUAAAAAUCUCUGCAUCUAAUCUCUACUGCAAAACUGCACAACCCCCACCCAAAGAAAUCAAUUAAGAAAACCCCCAAAAUGGAGGAUUACAGAUCAAGGUCAUACGCCGAUGGCAGGAACAUGCAAAACCAGAUGGAGGACUACCGUGGUUUCAGGUCAAAUUCUCUACCUUAUGGUGCGUCGGCGGAACCUCCCCUCCCGCCGCCGCCGCCGCCGCCCAAGCUGAAGAAAGGGAAGAGCAGUAAUGGGUCAAUCUCAAAAUCUUGGAGCUUGAAUGACCCUGAGUUCCAGAGGAAGAGGAGAGUUGCUAGCUAUAAAGUCUACUCUGUGGAGGGAAAUGUCAAAGGGUCUUUCAGGAAAAGCUUCAGGUGGCUCAAAGAUAGGUAUUACAAGGUGAUCCAUGGCUGGUGGUGAUAAGAUCUGACAUUUAUUGCAGUAAAGCUUUCUCCUUUCUAUGAACUUCAUAUGCUUUCUUGAUGUUAUUUUCCUUGUAAUUGAAAUGGAUAUAUAUUUAAAUUUGCCUUUUUUAUGUUUUCCUUCCAUUUCCAUUUCCCUUUUCUCUGAGGUCAAAUGUGUAUUGUGCCAUCUGAUCAGAUCCAUCCUUAGCCAUAGACCAGGAUGCUGAACUGCUAUAUAUUGACUGUUUUUGGCAAAUCUUUGUGAAUUGUAAUUAUAGAUUAGUAUGAAUUAUCUAAAACAAAUGUUCAAGAGUGCAUAUUCAUUUUUAUAAAGUUUUCUGAAUUAU